UGUUAUAUUUGCAGAUCUGCAACACUUGAGAAAAAAGUACAUGUUUAAUUAUAGAUGCGCAGGUAAAUGUAAGAUAUUAAAAGAUUGGGUGAUUUUCUUCGUGGAAAAUAAUUAGAUUUAAUGGUAGCGUUGGGAUGGCCGGUGUUCACACCUGUGCGUAAAGUUUACUGAACAAACGUCCUCGUGUAACCAAAGUUAACCAUGGCGAGGGAAGGGUUAAUUCAUCGUCAUGGGAGUUUGGCUUUACAAAAGUAACUGGACAAAUUUCCAGAGGCCAGGUCCGUCCCUCCUUUCUGUUCAAGCUGUUAAGUUAUGCUGCUUCCAAGAGUUGGACCCGAGUGCGCAUCUUCGCUUUUCAUCCUCUUCUUCCAGCUUCUCUGCACCUGGUUUCUGAUAACAUAUCAUUUAAACUUGUGCAUUUCUUUUUAUUUUCUCUUAUUUUUGUCAUGGCAGAGUGGUUGGUUUUAUUAUAUCUUUCCCAAGUCCUUCUGCCUUUAGUUUUUGGACAGCAGCGCCCGGCUGGACCCUGGCGGCACCGCAUCCAGUGGGAGAACAACGGGCAGGUUUACAGCUUGAUGAGCACCGGAUCAGAGUACCAGGCUCCGGCUCGGUCUGGCAGCCAGUCCAGAGUUUAUCUGAGCAGGAGGAGGGAGGGCGCUGCCAGCAAUGUGCCGGGUGCGCACAGAGGAGCGCAGGUUGUGAGGUUUACUGACGCACAGCGCUUCAAUUCCUCUUCAUCCGGGAGUUUAAGAGAAUCGUUAAGCAGAAGAGAAGCUGUUGGAGCAUCCAGUAACACAGGAGAGCAGCAGCAGCAACUCCAACAAUUACGCGCAUUGCGGGACGGGAUACUUGUCUCCAGGCAACCCGCGCAUCCAUCAGUUCUGGAAACCGAAUCUGACGCUCCCGCUCCGCUCCCAGUGUCAAGAGUUUAUCUAACAAACGAGGCUGACGGGGACGGCAUGGUCAGCGACGACCCCCGAAAUCCGUUCAAAACGCACAGGAACUCUGUUUUUUACAACAUGUAUCCUGCCAGAGGUAGGUCAGUGGGCCGGACGCGCCACCCGCCCGGCACAGGGUACGGAACCAGGUACUUUCAAAAUGGACUGCCAGACCUCAUUCCAGACCCCUACGCCAUCCAAGCAGGGACUUACGUCCAGCGCAUGCAGAUGUACGCGCUACGCUGUGCUGCAGAGGAAAACUGUUUGUCCAGGUCGGCUUAUGCGCCCAACGUUCGAGACAUCGACUUCAGGGUUCUGUUGCGAUUCCCACAGAAAGUGAAGAACCAAGGAACCGCAGACUUCCUCCCGCUGAAGCCCAGAUAUCAGUGGGACUGGCAUAGCUGUCACCAGCAUUUCCACAGCAUGGACGCCUUCAGUAACUACGACCUGCUGGACAUCAUGACAGGACGUAAAGUGGCUGAGGGACACAAGGCGAGUUUCUGCCUGGAGGACACAGGCUGCGACCCCGGAUUCAGACGACGCUACGCCUGCACGUCUCACACGCAGGGACUGAGUCCAGGCUGCCAUGACACUUACGCCGCCAACAUCGACUGCCAGUGGAUCGACAUCACCGACGUGCCUCCAGGAAAUUACAUCCUACAGGUUACAGUGAAUCCCAAUUUCCACGUCCUGGAAUCAGAUUUCACCAACAACGUUGUGAGGUGUGACGUCAUAUACACAGGCGUCUAUGUUCAGACACGUGGCUGUCGAAUAGCAAGGGCUUAAAUAUUUAUAAACUCCUGCAUCAAGCUGCUGGAUUUCUGCAGCAGAACGUCGCCUCCUGUAUUCUGAAAAAAGCAACUGGUGAAGUUUGUAUUACAGAUUUAAAUGGAAAAAGUUGCAUUUAUUGGUCAUUUCUGUAAAAUAUUGUGAAUGAAACUAGAGAUUUAAUAAGAAUUACUUGAUUAUGCAAACUCAGCAAGUACUGUUGCUUUGAGAAGUAUUGCUUAGUGGCUUUAAAUCUUUGUUUUGUUGUCAUUUCUCGGCUCUGUUCUUGUUGUGCUCUGCUCUGUCCCGUCUGUGUCCGCAGGGUUACUUGUAUAUUUUAACAAUAAAACUCCUGGAAAGUUUUAAAACCAGCA